AUGCUGUUCUUAAAGGCUGCAUGCCCCCGACUGACCCUAGCUGCGAGCACCAGCAAUGGGAACAACAACAGUGGCGAGAGGCGGCUUCUCCCACUUCCUUACCCCAACCUCAAAGACGACUUCACCGCCGCCCCAGAGAGCGACACUAACACUUUCGAGCUGCUGAUCGACACCUUCCGCCUCCGCCGCGAGGACGACUACGCUUUCGGCGGUCACAACCACGGCAUCUACGGCGUCGACCCCCCGCUCGCGGUAUUCCGCGACUUUCUGGCUCGUGCCAAGUCCGCAUGGAUGUUGCCGGCCUGGUGGAGUGACGUGAAGCAGAGGGAAUGUGAGCACAUGGCUAUGGAGGGAUGA